GUGAAAUGGGUGAUAAAGGAGUAAAAGGAGGCAUAGGACGUCAUGGGAAGAUUGGCCCUAUUGGUUCUAAAGGUGACAAGGGAGAUGUUGGUGAUAUGGGUCUUCCGGGUCCUAAUGGAGAACCAGGUAUUCCAUGUGAAUGUGGACAUUUGAGGAAAGCUGUUGGUGAGAUGGACAUCCUGGUGACACAGCUGACCACAGAGCUAAAGUUUGUCAAAAAUGCACUGCCCUCCCCUGCAGUUGUUGCUGGAGUGCGAGAGACAGAUACUAAGAUUUACCUGCUGGUGAAAGAAGAGAAGAAAUAUAUCGAAGCCCAAUCCUAUUGCCAAGGAAGAGGAGGAACACUCAGCAUGCCCAAAGACGAGACAACAAAUAGUCUGCUUGCCUCUUACAUCAACCAGGCUGGCCUCAGCAGAGUGUUCAUUGGGAUAAAUGACCUGGAAAAAGAAGGUCACUAUACGUAUUCUGACCGGUCACCAAUGCAGACCUUCAACAAGUGGCGGCAAGGAGAACCUAAUAAUGCCUACGAUGAGGAGGACUGUGCCGAAAUAGUGUCCUCAGGAGGAUGGAAUGAUGUCUCCUGUCUUAUAACAAUGUAUUUUAUUUGUGAGUUUGACAAAGAACAUGUGUAAUUUUUUUUUCCUAUAUCAAUUCAAGAAGUUCUCCAGCUAAAUACAUACAUUUAUGGUUAAAGGGACUUUGUCAACUCAGAGCAGCCCUAUUAACUACACUAAUGCAUGAAUAGUAUAGCUGACGCUAAGUUCAGCUCAGUCAUUUUUAUCUCUAUACUCACUCCUGUUCCCCCACAGUGUGCCCGAAAACUGUCAGUGCAGCGCCGAGGACUACUCCUGGAGUCCUCACCGUUAUGUACAUGGAUGGUUUGUGGGUCCACAACAGGACAGUGGGGGAAGUAUAAAGAUAAAAUGACCUGAACUCAGCAUUAGUUGUAAUGUUCAUGCCUUAGUCUAGUAAAUAGGGCUUGUCCAAGGGGAUGGAGUCCCUUUAAUACACCAGGAAGGGAUGGAGAAAGAUAUGGUUUGAAACUUUGGGCCCCUUCACUGUCCUAUCCUUAAUUAACGGGGUUAUGCCAUGAUUGAUGUAAAAAAAUUAAAAUAUUACAUAAUCUGUUACAUGACAAUACCUUUCUAACAAAGCUAGAACGAGCCCUGUAGCUCACAUAAGUUCAUCGAUUUCCACAUUCACUGCUCUAAUUGAUCUUCUAGAUUAUCUUCAGCCUGGCAGCGCAGGGGAUGUGUCCUUUCUGCUGCAGCUCUCCCCUUGUAACUGCCACAGCUUCUAAC